AUGGAAGUAGAAUUGCUGAAGUGUAUCAAACUGGAGGACCUACAGACCUUGGACAGCGCUGAUGGCGUUGGUGAUAAUGUUAGUGAGGAAUGCCUUGAGAAGAAUUUCAAUCUGUCCCUGAACUUUUGUCCUGCCUAUUUCGAUGGACUUCUAUGCUGGGACCCAACGCCGUGGAACACCCUGGCCGUGCAGAAGUGCUUCAGCGAGUUCCACGGUGUCCAAUAUGAUAAUACUCAAAACGCAUCGCGAUUAUGUUUGGCGGGAGAAUGGCAUAAUUACUCCAAUUAUGCCAACUGCACGGAGAGGAUUGCCAACGUAUCACCAACAGAUGUCAGUAGCCUGAUUUACCUCACUGGUUACUCCAUCAGCUUGGCUGUACUGUCUCUGGCAGUCUUCGUCUUCCUGUAUUUCAAGGACCUCAGAUGUCUUCGCAAUACAAUACACACAAAUUUGAUGACAACAUAUAUUUUGUCUGCGUGUAGUUGGAUGUUAAACUUAGCUUUACAAAAUUGGUCGGACGAAGCGCCAUCAGACCAAACCUCAUGUAUGAUUCUGGUGAUAUGCAUGCAUUAUUUCUACCUCACGAACUUUUUCUGGAUGCUUGUUGAAGGCCUCUACCUGUACAUGUUGGUUGUGGAAACUUUCACAGCCGAAAACAUCAAGUUGAAAGUAUACACGAGUAUUGGAUGGGGUGCUCCAGCUAUAUUCAUCACAAUUUGGGUGAUAGCAAGGUGUUUCGUCACUGUGGUGCCAUCUACUGGACCUGAUGGGCUAACACUAGCUGGAGAUGCCAAAAUGUGCACAUGGAUUCAUGAACAUCAAGUAGACUGGAUUCACAAGGCACCAGCGUUAAUUGGUCUUGCGCUCAACUUAUUUUUCUUAAUAAGAAUUAUGUGGGUACUAAUCACGAAGCUGCGUUCAGCGAAUACUCUCGAAACUGAGCAGUACAGAAAAGCGACGAAAGCGCUUUUAGUGCUGAUUCCACUUCUGGGCAUCACCAAUCUGCUUGUACUCUGUGGACCAAGUGAUGACUCAUGGUUCGCCUAUGCCUUCGACUAUAGUAGGGCGCUAAUGCUCUCCACACAGGGGUUUACAGUUGCGUUGUUCUACUGCUUUAUGAACACGGAAGUCCGGCAUGCGAUUCGGUACCAUGUGGAGAGGUGGAAAACUGGACGAACGAUUGGCGGGGGAAGGAGAAGGGGGGCGUCCUACUCUAAGGAUUGGUCUCCAAGGUCAAGGACGGAGAGCAUUCGUCUAACAAGUAAAAUAUGGGACAGAUUAUAUAGCCAGCCUUCAAAACGGGAAUCAGCUGCGUCUGAGACGACUACCACAACGUUAUUGGUACCUAGGACAUCGCUGGCUCCUCACUACGACACUAAGCACUUACAUGCCGAUUACAUCACAAGUGGUAGCGCGAGCGGCGAGCAAUCCCCCGUGUGAGGAGGGGGGCGGGAGAGGCGUUUGCGCACUUUGCCCGAAGAGGACGCUCCUCCCGCCUUAGAUCACAAACAAAUACCGUCCCUCAAAGGAACUCUAGAUAUAUCAUCUGUGGAAGUGUCUAUUCCCGUCGAUAAUGAUCUCAGAUCGAAAUGUUUUAAUGGUCUAUAUGUGUUACCACUUGAGAAUCAGUAGGUAAUUUAAUAACGUAAUUAAUUUAAUUUAAAAUAAUUAGAUGAUUACAUCUAGACUACAGUUGUUAAGUAUUUAACUUUCAUCGGUUAAGGGUCCUUAAACUGUAACUUCUUAACGUGAUUCCAAUCUCAAUAAUGAGUGUUUGUUCCGCGCGAUUCCAUAACAACAGUGCCACAGACAUUAAAACAACUGCAUCGAACUGGCAUACGUUGGGCCGAUUAAACCGGCGGUAAGGGUAGUUGCAUAAUACGCAAGAGUAUCCAUACAACGUAUUGUUAAUAUUCUAUAACAUAGGAUUAAAUGAUUGGGUUCUUGUUUGUUCUUUUUAUAUCCAAAGGUACGAUUCCACCAAAAUGGCUUGCAGCACAUUUGUUUACAAACAUUAUGUGCAAAACUAUAUCAGAACAUGAACUAAGCGCGUAUUGCGUUUGGCUUCUGUCUCCACCGGCAAUGCCGUGUGGAACUUUUGUGAGCGCACAGUAUUUACAAACCUGUCCACUGAGAAGAUUUUCUGCCGACAGUUCCUAAUAUGGUCAAAGUUAUUCUUUCAAAUUUACUUGGCAUAGUGCGCGCACAAUUAAAUGUUCGCUCUGGUAGCGGAAGCAAGAUUGAGUUCGGGAACAAGGAGUGUGUGCGCGUCGACACGUGUCCAUUACUUGAACCGUGUCCGUACACAAGUGCACAGUUGUGCGCGAAGUUAGCUAAAAUAUUCGCGUACAAUUUGUUAUUGUGUGCUUGAGUGAGUCUACCAAAACAAACAUUGAUAUACCGCACAGUUCCGCACACUGGUGGAAUCAAACCUUAUAAGGUACAUUUCUCUGUAUCAGUGAAGGUAGCUCUAAGCUCUUUGUUAUUCAACGAUUACAUAAUCACGAAAUACCAUCCUGUGGUAUACCAAAGCAUCGUCCCUCGUACUAAAUAAAUCAGCGAUAGUUGUGGCAACUAAUUCAUGACAAGGGCGAGAUCAAUUCAACUAAACUAUCGUUUUACUAUUUAUAUUUACAUAUAGAUUAUAUACACAUUUGAAUGUCACAUAUGCUACAGAGUUUAGUAGCCCUAACAUAUAGCGCUGUAUUUAAUUGAUGUAUUGAGGAACAAGAUUACACAUGUUACAAGAAGGACAAUAAGAUACUUAUGUGUGUGUGUAUGAAAGGCUAUAUAUGUGUGAAAAUAACAUGAGAACUUAAGCAGCCCUAACCAGAUCCAUUCAACUUCCUCACAAUCGAAGUAGUCCGCAAUAUCACAGCACACAACUCACAAGGCGACUCUUUGUAUUGACGAAGUAGCAUUUAAUAUAAAUUUAUAUUUUAUGAUUAAUUCCUACUCAGAGACGUUGUUUAUGAGUUAAAGGUUACAAAUUCACCUCAAAUAGAAUCAAAGAUGCCGUUUUGAAGCAUCUACUUGCACGUGAAAUGUAAAUACUAAAAAUUCCGUUAUUACUGUUGGUUUAAAUUAUGAAAUUAUUGAUAAUUGAUAACUCUGAGUACCCAAUGCAAUACUUUAUAAAUGUUUUUUUUUGGAAUAUGUAUAAAUAUAUGUAAAUAUCUUUAUGGUGGUUUUGGUGUCCCGUUACCUUUUAAUGGAACUUCUCAUAUUUCUGCGUCUCGUUGAUGGAUUAAGGGAAAUAGUUAUCAACGUGUUUGCUUACCAGAACAAUUUUUCACCGGGAAUCUAACUAAGAUCUUCCAGGUUAAAAGAUAGUGGUUCAGUGUACAGCUUGAGGUUUCGAUACAUACACGAUGUACAAAUGAAUUGAAUAUCAUAAAUAUAUUCUAUAUGUCUAUGUAAAACUCGCUAUUUUCUAUGUUAAUUACAUAGAACUAACAUUCAUUGUAUAUAGUUAAAACAUGAAUGUUAUAAUUUACUUAAUAUGAUAUAUUUUCGAGCGUUAUAUAACUCAUAGUCUAUAACAAUUUUGUAAUUUCCAAAAACAAUACGUGAAAGCAAGAAAUAUAAUAAUAAUUUAUUUGAGUUAAUUCAUAUUAGGAUUUAUCCUAGUUUCUCCGAAGCGAAAAUGGAAAGAUUUCAAGGAGUAAAACAAAAUAUACUAUAACAUUUAAAAUCUAUAAAUAUGUGUUGCUAUGACAAGCAACUAAUGAUUCUGCGAAUUUGUAAAUAGAAAUUAUUCCUACACAUUUGAAAGAUAGCACGGCGUUCUCAUUACUUUCAGCAGUGUCGGACUGGUUGCUUUAGCGAGGCUUGCGAGCUCUCAUCUGAGGUCGUAGGUUCGAACCCCGGCUGUGUACAAAUGGACUUUCUUUCUAUGUGCGUGUUUAACAUUCAAUCGGUGAAGGAAAACAUCGUGAGGAAACCAGCUUGCCUUGGGGCUAAACCCAAAAAGUCGACGGCUUGUGUCCGGAUCACUUGGCUAUUCGGGCUAUUUGAUCAAAUUGACAAAUGAUCAUAAAAAAAAUACAUCUGAAUCCAGUGCAACUUAUACAUUUUUAUUACUUUGAGAGAUUAUAUAAUUGGCUUCUUUCGCGGUAAUUUUUUAGUAUAAAUUUCAACAAUUUAAAUUUAAUAUAAAUUGAAAUUAUCGUACGAAACUAAUUUAAACAAAAUACCUCUUACAUAACUGUGAAUGUAUCAUAAAAUAUAGUCUAUAUAAAAAAUAUUUUAUAUGCUGUGUAUAGCUUAUGUAAGAUCUGUAUUAAUGGGUAACAGUGUUUGUUAUAUAAGUGUUUGGUACUCAAAAUAUGGGUAUUUUAUGAAUAAAGUAGAAGCUGAUGUGAGUAAAAGAAUAAUUCAUGCGUUUAAUUGUGAUUGAUAACCUGACGUAUAGGGUCGCGUAUCAGGAGAUGUUGCUGAACCAAUCACAGCGAAACGAACGGAGCCACUACUUGGACUUUAAUUUUAUUAGAAUCCCUUUUUUACCUUUUCCUGUAUUACCACAGAGUGAACAUGAUUUCUCGAUUUCUCCAAAUCAUGAUACUCCAGUCUCAAAGGCCGGCAACACCCCCACUAAAACUAGGUGUCUAUAGGCUGCGCUGACUGCCCUUUUUGGGCGUUCCGCAGGCUCGUUUGCCCCCCUAUUAUAUAAAAUAAAUGAUUUGCCAUAAUGAUAUUGUAGUAAAAAGAAGUGUAAUAAAAGGUAUAAAAAAUAAUAUUGUUUGACUCCGUGUUUGCUAAUUUUAUUAUUCCUGUCUAUAUGUUAUGUAUGUUUUAUUAGUAAGUUUAACAUUAGUUAAAAAAAAAUAGAUAUAUAGACUGAAGCGCAGCGUCCGCGGGAUUAUAUAUUGCAAACUUCCUAUUUUCCAGAUAUGUAGAACAUAAACUAAAAUAUCUCGGAAGGUAAUUUGGCAAGCUUUAGAGAAUCGCCAAUUUUCAUUUCGUAACACAUUAUAAAAACAACAAAUGAUUUACGACUCUGGCUAAAUUAUUUUUUGAUUGCAAAUUUAGAUAUAAAAUAUUGUA